UGGGACACGCGCAGGGCGGAACCUUGGAAAUAUAACGGAGAUCGCGCGCACGGAGAAGAAAGCUCAAUAAGUGGCGCGUGAAACUUGUAGAAAUCCGUGGCGUAAGUGACGCACUACGUGCACUGGUGACAUGGCAGAGGUGGCUCUUGUGGACCCGGACACCGGACUGUCCGACAGUCCUCUAGUGUCUGUGUCCUUUCAGAGGAACGAGCAGAGGAAGCUCAAGUUUCUGGAAGGAGAGCCCAAAGCCCUGGGGAUCACCCAAAUCCUCUUGAUCUUCUUUCACAUGAGCUGUAUAGCCACCUUAACGGCCAGUGGUCUAGGCAAAGAACUGGCAAUACCUCACUUUGUUGCAUCGGUUUUUAUUUUUAUUGCAGGAAGUGUGGCCAUCGCAGCAAAAAAUCUCCAUCUUCCUACGCUCAGGGCUUGUCUGGGAAUGGAGAUUUUUUCCAGUGUGGCCUGCCUUGUUAACCUAAUCGUCUCCCUGCUCCAAAUGGAGUCUCGUCAUUCUUGCUAUUAUGUCUCAGACGAAGACAGACCGUACUGUUUGAAUGCGGAGUCUGCCAAUGCACAUCUUUUUGCUGAGUUAGUGGUCAUCCAAGUAGCUCUGUUUGCUAUUUCUAUCACUCUGGCGGUCUAUGCCUGUAAGGUGGUCAACUGCUGCUCUCCUGCUCCAAAAGUGCCAGUGAUAAUGAUACAAGCUCCUCCUGCCCCACAGUGAGGAUAGCUGGAAACAAGGUCCAUCAUUUGCUACAAUGUAAUAUAAAUGUCUGUGUCUCAGUACUAACAGCAUGUUUGCUAUGACAGCUAGUAAUAUCUAUAGUAUUAUUACACUGCACUGUAUGUAAGCAUUUUUUGUAAUUCUAUGUAGCAUUACCGUUUUGUGAAUUGCCCUUGUCAUUUAGGAUUACAUAAAUCACAUAUUUGAGUUUUAAAUUGUUUGUUUGCAUGUACUUUUAUGAUUCUAUGAUUUUUAAUAAAGACAUGUUU